AUGAUCGUGAAAAAUGGACUUUACGGACGAACUUUGGGGAAGUCUUGGAUGACCGACACGGAGUGUACUGGUUCUGAAAAUAAUCUUUUUCAAUGUUGGUUCAAUCUGCAAGGAGAAAAACAAACUUUCUCAAACAAUGCUGGAGUUAUUUGUGCAGUGCAAUAUUUGUUGAAUAAAAGAGAGUUGUCAGCCAAAAUAAUUAAAUUUCUUUUCUCAGACUCGAUUCCGGUCAGACUCGUUGAUGGCGAUACGCCAACUUCCGGAAGAGUGGAGGUAUACAUUGAUGGGAAGUGGGGAUCUGUACUUUCGUACAUUAUCGAAAAAGACAUGACAGCUAAGGCCAUUUGUAAUAUUCUGGGAACUCCGAGUUCAUCUACCAAGGCUUUUUACGUGGAAUCGGGAUUUUAUCGAAAAUCAUCAAGCAUAACCUGGCUAGUGAAGCUGUACUGCUCUAGUGAUGCUUCCAGUUUAUAUCAGUGUUCCUGGGAAAUAAGUGGCUAUUUCUCAAAGUCAAAUAACUUUGGGGUCGUUUGUCAAGAUAUUAACGAGUUUUCGAUAAGAUUGGUGAAUAAUCAGACAGCCAACAGGGGCUAUGUUGAGGUGUUCCUUGGUGGAUUGUGGGGCACUAUCACACACACUCGGCCCUACAGACACUACACCUGGGGUAAAGGAGCUGCGACCGUGGCCUGUAGGCAACUUGGUCUUCCACACUCUAGAGCGUUACCAGUUGUAAAUGACGUCUACGGAUUCAGCCACUGGGAAUGGUUGACUCAAGUUAGUUGCUACGGAACAGAAAUCAAUCUCAUUGACUGUCCAAACGUAGUAACGGGGCAAUACGGAACUGGAUCUGCAGGUGUAGUCUGCACUGAUUAUGCGGAAUUUAGAGUUCGCCUUAACAAUGGAAGCACCGCAGGAAGAGUGGAAGUCUAUUUGGACGGUGAAUGGGGAGGAAUUGACGCAAGCACUUGGACGCAUUCAACAGCGAAUAUUGUUUGCAAUCAGAUUGGAUUAAAGGGGAAAACUGGUCUAGCUGUAAAUAACACCCUUUAUGGUGUAACACCAACCUUAACUUGGAUUAAAGUAAAGGAUUCCUGUUCCUCAGAUGCACAGAUCUUAAGCUGUAAUGUCGAAGUCUUGGGAAACAAAUUUUUUCCAAGAAUAGAAGCUGGUGUUAUUUGUGCAGAUGUAGCUGAAAACGUAUUAGAAAUAUAUAAUGGAAGUUGGUAUGGAACUGUACGGUUUUUCCUGGAAAAUGAAUGGGGAACUUUAGAUGCAGACGGUUGGGGACAAGAAGAGGCAACUGUUGCGUGUAAACAACUUGGAUUUUCUUCGUAA